AUGCAUUCGAAGAAACCAUUUUUGGGAUUAACUUUUUGCUGCACAGGAGUAGAGACAACUACGAGAACACAGAUUAUGAGGAUGGUUGAGUCAAUGGGCGGCGUGCAGUACCUAGACCUCAUGACGGAUGUGCAGUACCUCAUAGUAGGCAGCAGAAAGACUCAGAAAUACCAAUUCUGUAUCAAGAACAGACUAGAUAUAAAAUAUCUCACGACAGACGCCAUAUUCAAGAUCCACGAGGAGUGGUUAAUGGGCAACGAUGAAGUGGAAACGUUGCUAGAUAAGUACAAGUUACCAGUAUUUAGCGAUAUCAGUGUUUGCUUUUCACGGGUAGAGGUAUCACAGUCUCAAGCCAAGCAUCUUCUUAGUUCCAGUUUCAGGCGUGCCACCGAAGAGCAAUUUAGUGAAAAGAUGCUCCUAAGACAGUUCACCCAGAAUGCCGGUAUAGCCAAGGAGUCACUACUGAAUAACCAAGAUUGCAUGAUCAGUGCUGACCCGAGGGGCACGAGGUAUAACAAAGCAAAGGAAUGGGGUAUUCCAGUGGUACACCCUGUAUGGAUUGUUGAUAGCAUAAUACGGGGUGCAGCUUUGGACUAUGAUGGUUAUAUAUUGACCAAUGAUAGCCUAGAUUUGUACGACAACGGUUGUAAUGUUUGGCUGCAGUUAUCGAAUGAAAGGAAGCGAACAACAAGCAGACAAUUAUCCAAACAGUCUGAAGAGGGACUAAAGAAGCUUAAUCGAGGAAAAAGGACGGAGAUAUGGAACUCAAUCAUGGAUCAUACCAAUUAUGAGAACAAAAGAUCUGUAACAGAUAGAACAUGGGACGAAGAGAGUGACUCCGAGAAUAACGAGGAAAUUGAAAUCGUCAAGCCCGUUGAAACAAAGAGCAGGAACAACUUGUUUUUAGGGUUCAAGUUUUUACUAGUCGGGUUCACCGCUAGGGAGUCUGACUUAUUAACCAGUGGGAUUGAAGCGUUCCAAGGCGAGAUUACAAAAGACGUUAGUGAUACAUCCAUGUCCCAUAUAAUUGUCCCCACGAAUAAAGGAAGUGAAGCAUCCACUUUGCUACGGGCUUUGCCCAGUGAAAUCAAACUGUUGAUAACUAAUGGAGAUAUUAAGAUUGUGACGGAGUUUUUUAUCGAGAGGUGCAUAUUCUACAAAAAAGUUGUAUUGGACCGAUGGGGACAACCGAUCAAAGGCUUGAUUCAUUCGUCGAGAAAGUUUAAAAUAUCAACAUCAGGAUUCACUGGUAUUGAGUUAUUGCAUAUCGAAAAGCUAAUCAAGUUCUUAAACUUUGAAUAUUGUGAGUCCUUUUCGGAGCAGCGGGAUUUGUUGAUUCUCAAUGUCAACUUAUUCAAGGAGAGCUUUAUGAGGAAUUUGCCGAAAUUGUUUCAGUAUCCAAACAAGGAUAUUCUUAAUUGUCCCACUUAUCAAUCGGGUCAAUCUUCAGUAUCAUUAUUGUCAGCAAAGAACAAGAUUGAUGCUGCAAAAAAGUGGAGCAUUCCCGUGGUGUCAAUCGCAUAUUUGUGGGAGAUACUUGACAAAUCUCAGUAUAAAUCGACGUUGGUAAUUCCGAAGUUGAACAACUCGCAAUGGUGUAUACAUGCACCCAUCAAUUACAUUCGUCCAAGAUCAUUAAUUGAGUAUAUUAAGAUUAUGGAUGGUGCUGGUUCUAAUAGAGCUAGCGAAGAAGUUAAUAAAGAGGAUGAAGAUGCAGUCAAGUUGCCAUCUCCAAGAAAGGUUAGACAAAAGCAAAAAUAUGGUAAAUUAAUGGGAAGUGUGUCGCCCCUGUCAAUGAGAAACAAGCUCAUGGAUGUGGCCAAGAGUGCAACAACAUCACGAUCGACUAUCCAAGUGGACGAUGACGACAUUGUAGAAGGUACUGGUACAGCUGAGGAUGGGUUGAAUUAUGAUGUUACAAAUGAUGAAGACUUGUCCUCGCAAGUUAGGUACGAGGACGUUGAGUCUGUGAUGAAUCAAGAACGCCUUUUGAAGAAGUUGGAGGAGGAAUCACCCGAGUAUAGAAGAGGAGUGACUGCAAAUGGUAGCACAGUAAAACGACGCAAGACCAGGGGGCAAUAG